AUGACGGCCAAGCUAGGUCAUUUACAAUCGCGAGCUAAGAUAUCAGUUGGGAGUUUAGGUACAGCAUCAAUUUCGGUACAAGCUGCGCUUGAUUUUUUACAGAUUCUAGCAAGAUACUAUACAAAGGUUUAUGGAUUUACUUCUACACAGCAUGUGAUCCUAAACCAGACAAUCCGUGUGAGUAAUAUGGUAGAACGUUUUGCUGCAAUUCAAUUAGGAGACAAGAUCUUUGGCUCACGAGUUUCACGCGGCGACCUGAGUUUUUAUGUCAUUAUUUCUUGUAUCGAUGAAAUACGAAGAGCUGGUGAGAUUAUUAGAUCCGUGUAUCAUUGGCCUGCACAAGAAACGAAUUCUGACCAAACAAAUUCAAGUUCUACAGAAUAUUGCUUAGCAUUCGUAGAUUGGUUUGAUUUAUGUAAUGAUCACGAUCAUUUUCAUAUUUAUAAUCACGAAACGUCUACUCGCAGAGUAGAUAAUGGUGGAAGGGCACAUGGUGGAAUGUUUUGUGUGGAACUCUGGGCCAAUACAUUCCAGACACGGACUGAAGAGUGUAUAGUUCCAGUCCAUCGUAUUUUCUACCAAUUUCUUAAAGGAAAAUAUGUAUUACAUCGAGCGGAAAGGCAUAUAGUUGUAGUACCUAUAAAUCGAAAAUUCACAAUUUAA